CGCCUUUUUUAAUGUCUCGCAUCAAAACCCCCAAAAUCUCUCCCACCAAAAUUCUCAACCCAUUACAAAAAAGCCCGCAAAACCAAAUACUCCGUACAACAGAGGCCGAAAAGGAUUUUUUUUUUUUCUUUUUUACAUAGAAAUUAAUUCGAGGAGGAGGAGAAGAAGAUGAUGUACAAUUACAAUCCGAUUAGCAAUGAUAAUAUGAACCCCUUUGGGAUUCGGAACAAUCCGACCGCUUCUUGGACCAAGUACGAGGACAAGUUGUUCGAGAAGGCGCUGGUUGAGUUCCCGGAAGGCGAGGUGGACCGGUGGCAGAAGAUCGCCGCCGUGCUGUGCGGCAAAACUCCCGACGACGUCAGGGCUCACUACGAGGCUUUGGUUCACGACGUUUCUGAGAUUGAUUCGGGCCGAGUUGAGUUGCCGACUUAUGCUGAUGAAGCCUUUGGUUGGGAACAACCCGGGUCGAGGACCAGCCAGAUCUCUUUCGGGUCAUCCGGGAAAACCAAACACGGCGAGACUGAGCGCAAGAAGGGUAAUCCUUGGACUGAAGAGGAGCACAGGUUGUUUCUGCUUGGACUGGAGAAAUACGGCAAGGGAGAUUGGAGAAGCAUCUCAAGAAAUGUGGUGGUAACAAGAACUCCUACUCAAGUGGCCAGUCAUGCUCAGAAAUACUACCUUCGCCAGACUGCUGUAAAGAAAGAAAGGAAGAGAUCUAGCAUCCAUGAUAUAACAACUCCAUUGGACACCGAAACAGUGCCCCCUCCCAACAAUUUUACAAAUCAGGGGGGGUACCAGUCUCAACUUUCUUAAGAGAUGCUGAAGAAGUGGGAAACUCCAUAUAUGAUCAUUCUGUGUACAAAGUGGUAGAUUUUUGGACAGUCCCAGCCUGUAAAGUCAUAUUCUUUGAGAUUCAGGGUAGCUAGCGCAUUAGUUAGGGAAGGUCUGAGUUGUGACUAUAUAGGUUUUCGUCGUUGGUUUCAGUAUAAGUAGAAUGGUUGUAUAUGGGGAUUAUGUUAGUUUGGUUUAGAUAUGGAGACUUUGGCAUAAACAGACUAGCCGGGAAGGUCAGAAUGAAGAGGUGUUUUUUGUUCCUAGAACUGGAGUGUUAUUUGAGUUCAUAUGGCAAAAGAUGCACUCGACUUGAUGGUCUACUGUUUGCUGCCUCUGAAUUUAAUCAUUUAUUUAUUACAAUAAAGUUUCUUCUUAGUAGCAUUGGUCCUUGUUCUUGUGUUCAGCUAAAAUUUCAACUCAGUUUACUGCUCCAAGAUAGUAUUACAUUCAGUACGGUCAAUCCGGG